AUGGGGACCCAGCAUUCCUCUCCAGUUAGCAUGGUCUGUGCCGACGCGGUCGAUGAAGUCACCAAGGACUAUCAACUUGUCCGCCUUCGACACAGUCGCCAAGAGGGCGUACAGGUCCUCGUAGAACUUGGUCCUCGCCUUGGCAGGGCUGGUCAUCGGCGGAGCGCAGGUGCUGAUGAUGGUGGCAAAUUCGCCUCCCCGAAGAGACAGGCAAAGGCUCGUCAGGCGACUGUUGAUUCUCUGCGGCAGACAGUGCAGUCGUCCCACGAUAUCCUUCCGGAUAUCAAAGGGGACUCCCGUGUCCUGUCACUCUGCCCUGGGACGGCUGUUCCAGAAAAUGGUGUAGCCGGUACCAACCUCCUCUAG